CACACACAGAGCUUGUGCUGGGUCACUGCCUCUCCCAGCUCAAGGCAGAAUCAGGUUCCUGUGAUAGGGAAGAAUUCAGCUGACAAGAGCAUGAGUCCCUUCUUUGUGAUGUCUCUCCUCUUUGGCCUGACUUUCGGUCAAACAGCAUCACUUUGUGCUCCUUCUGAGUAUAUAAUCCAUGUGGAGAAAAGGGAAUGUGCCUACUGCCUGGCCAUCAACACCACCAUCUGCGCUGGAUUUUGCAUGACUCGGGACAGCAAUGGCAAGAAGCUGCUACUCAAAAGUGCUCUGUCCCAGAACGUGUGCACAUAUAAAGAGAUGUUGUAUCAAACAGCACUGAUUCCGGGCUGUCCUCAUCACACCAUCCCUUAUUAUUCCUACCCUGUGGCUGUGAGCUGCAAGUGUGGUAAAUGUAACACUGAUUAUAGUGACUGUGUUCAUGAGAAGGUUAGGACAAACUAUUGCACUAAACCACAGAAGCUCUGUAACAUGUAAGCUUCCAACAGAAUGUGGUCAAAAUGUACCUCUCUGCUCUGCUCACAACUAAACAUAAAUAAAAGUGUAUUUCGUAACAGGUUUGCAAA